GCGGGGCCCUGGCUCCCGCUACCGCUCCCGCGCUGCCCGCGCCGCGGGAAAGGGCAGCGGCGGCUGCGCACGUGUGUGCGGGGUGGUGGCGGCGCUCCCCGGGCGGGCCCGGCCUGCGGCUUUCUGGCACAGCUGGGCAUUCCGAUUGCAAAAGGAGGAUCAGGAGAAGAAACUUCUAAAGAUCGCACGCAGAAUUAGGAGAACUGUAUCGGAGACUUUUUGCUACUUUAAAGUUCUUUGCUCUCAAGACCUGGAGUUGCGUCUUUUUUCCCUGUGAGGAUAAUGUCUCUUUCAUCACCCAAGACAGACGUAACUGAAAGGGAGCUGCCAAGGUUUUAUUUUGGUUUUGGUUUCUCUGCUCCCUUACUAAUUGGAUUUUUCCCAUCUUCUGCAGGAGGAUUAUAAAAGGAUUAGAGAAGCUGGGGUUUUGGGGUGUGGGAGGUAGCUAUUGUUUUUCUCCACUCGAUUCUGGGACCUCCUUGAUUUGCUACUUGUUCUCUGAAGUCACUGCCUGUUCGGAAAAGGGAGAAGCAGCAUAACAGAUGAACUUGCAUGACCAUGGAUUCCUUCCCUUUGCAAACUUUGUAUGUGGCUGCUUGUAAAAGAGGUUUUUGCAUACAUAAGCAUCAAUUGAAGAAUAGCAUCCUGGGCUGGAUUUAAAAUCAGCAAACUGCUUGUGUCCUGAUGAAAGGAUAAAUUCUGUUUAAACUAUAAUUUAAAGAAGAUUGGAUGUUGUUCCAGUUUUGAAUUUUGGUGGAAGAAAGGAAGGGUCUGAUCAAGUCAAAUACUCUUUCAGGCUAAACCUGCAUAUUCUACACCUGAAUCUGGAAGAUGUCUUGGAAAAGAAAUUACUUUUCUGUGGGUCGGGGGAAUGUACAGGGCAUGUUUACUCCACGAAAUACAACCUCAAUAGCACCCAGUAAAGGUCUCAGCAAUGAACCAGGACAGAACAGUUGCUUCCUGAAUAGUGCACUACAGGUUCUCUGGCACCUGGACAUUUUUCGCCGCAGUUUCCGGCAAAUCACAACGCACAAAUGUAUGGGCGAUUCUUGCAUCUUCUGUGCUCUUAAGGGUAUCUUCAACCAGUUUCAAUGUAGCAGUGAGAAGGUCUUGCCUUCUGAUGCCCUGCGCACUGCUCUUGCAAAGACAUUUCAGGAUGAACAGCGCUUCCAGCUGGGCAUUAUGGAUGAUGCUGCUGAAUGUUUUGAAAACCUGUUAAUGCGAAUUCACUUCCACAUUGCAGAUGAGACAAAGGAAGAUAUUUGCACUGCACCGCAUUGUGUUUCCCAUCAGAAGUUUGCAAUGACCUUGUUUGAACAGUGUGUUUGUACCAGCUGUGGUGCCACCUCUGACCCAUUACCUUUCAUCCAGAUGGUACAUUAUAUUUCUACAACCUCGCUCUGCAAUCAAGCUAUUUGCAUGCUGGAGAGACGAGAGAAACCGACUCCAGAUAUGUUUGGAGAACUGCUACAGAACGCCAGCACUAUGGGAGACCUGCGAAACUGUCCAAGUAACUGCGGGGAAAAGAUCCGUAUUCGUCGUGUGCUGAUGAACUCUCCACAGAUCAUCACCAUUGGUCUGGUUUGGGACUCGGACCACUCUGAUCUGGCUGAGGAUGUGAUUCACAGCUUGGGCACUUGCCUUAAACUGGGAGAUCUCUUCUUCAGAGUAACUGAUGACAGAGCAAAACACUCAGAGCUGUAUUUGGUGGGAAUGAUCUGUUACUAUGGAAAACACUAUUCUACCUUCUUCUUCCAAACUAAAAUCCGCAAGUGGAUGUACUUUGAUGAUGCUCAUGUCAAAGAGAUUGGUCCAAAAUGGAAAGAUGUUGUGACAAAGUGCAUCAAGGGUCAUUAUCAGCCUUUGCUGCUGCUGUAUGCAGAUCCAAGAGGAACUCCAGUGUCAACACAAGACUUGCCCCCUCAAGUGGAUUUACAGCAAUAUAGCAGGACUUGCUAUGAUAGCGAAGACUCAGGGAGAGAACCUUCCAUCUCGAGUGAUACCAGGACAGAUUCCUCUACAGACAGCUAUCCUUAUAAACAGGCACACCAUGAGUCUGUGGUCAGUCACUUCUCCUCUGACUCACAGGGGACGGUCAUCUACAAUGUGGAGAAUGAUGCAGCUUCACAAAGCAGCAGGGACACAGGGCACCUGACUGACAGUGAGUGCAAUCAGAGGCAUGUUUCCAAAAAGAGCUCACUGGCAGACCGCAAGAGGAGUUCUAGCCGGUCUCGGCGAAAAGGAGAUGAGGCUCAAUCAUCAGGAUACCAUAGUGAAGGAGAAACCUUGAAGGAGAAACAAGCCCCCAGAACUGCCCCCAAACCAUCCAGCAGCACCAGCAGGCUGAGGGAAUUUAAAGAAACAGUGAGCAAUAUGAUCCACAGCAGACCACAGCAGAUGUCUCAAACCAUCCAGAAUUCCCCUCGUGGAGGGAGUAGCGUGGAUCAGGCAGAAACACGAUCCUCAAAAAGUCUGUCUGCACACUCUCGAGACUGGGAGGUGGAGAGUACCAGUAGUGAGUCUAAAUCCAGUUCGUCUAGCAGGUACCGGCCAACCUGGAGACCCAAAAGAGAGUCUCUGAAUAUAGACAGCAUCUUCAGUAAAGACAAGAGGAAGCAUUGUGGCUACACUCAGCUUAGCCCCUUCUCUGAAGACGCAGGUAAAGAGCUUAUUGAGAAUGAGGUGAAGGAACGCACUGUUCAAGAAACAAGGUCAAGCCAGUCAAAUGUCAGAUACAAGCGAGGUGUGCUAGGCCGAGGCACCCAGCAUCACGUGGUGGAUCAACAUCCUCACCUAAUACAGAGGAUGGAGUCUGGCUAUGAAAGCAGUGAGCGCAACAGCAACAGCCCAGUUAGUCUGGACAUGCCCUUGUCUGAGAGCUCAAGCACCCACAGGGAUGCUCAUAUGAAGCGAGCAAGUGGAUUGGUUCCUGCCUGGCGUAACAUCCCAAAGUCUCACAGUAGCAGCGUCUUGGAAGUGGAGUCUACUUCAGCGACUGGGAGCUGGGCAAACAGCCCACACACCAUUGGAAAUGGUGGGGAGAUGUUUGUCCCUUUAAAGAGUGAACUGGAUGAAUUGCAAGAGGAGGUGGCAAGGAGAGCGCAUGAACAAGAACUACGCAGAAAAAGAGAAAAGGAAAUGGAGGCAGCAAUGGGCUUUAAUCCCCGUCCCAGCAGAUUCAUGGAUCUAGAUGAACUGCAGAAUCAGGGGAGGAGUGAUGGCUUUGAGAAGUCGAUACAGGAGGCAGACUCGGUCUUUGAAGAGUCGCUGAAUCAAGAGCAGAAGGGCGACUGUGCUGCAGCUUUGGCUCUCUGUAACGAAGCUAUAUCUAAACUAAGACUUGCCAUGCAUGAUGCCAGCGCUAGCACUCACAGCAGAGCCCUAGUCGAUAAGAAGCUGCAAAUCAGUAUCCGAAAAGCCCGGAGCCUCCAGGAUCGCAUGCAGCACCAACAGCCAUCGCAGCCGCUGCCGUCGCCAACCUGCCACCCACCACAGGGCGGCACCAUGGCCCAGUCUACAAGUGAACAGACUGGCCCGCUCCAAGUACUGCUGAGCCAGGAGUUACCACUGGAACCCAACAAAGAAGUGGAAUUUGGGUCCAGUUCUUUCUUCCACCCACCUGCUUCCUGCCAUGAAUUGCACUCAUCAUUAUAUCCAGAGUCUUCCUCCUUGCCCCCUUCUGAAAGCAAUCCAUCCAACAGGAUCUCUCCAAACUUCCAGUCUGCUUCUGCUGAUUUUCAUGACCAAGUUCCCUCUUUUCCCUGUAGGCAAGGGCUGACAGAGAGGUCUGCAAGAACUGAGAAUGAUGCCCACCAUAGUGUGGAAUUUGCUGACACCACAGCCACAGGGACAAAAGACUAUAGGGAAUGCUGCAAUAGCAGCAAGUUAGAAGAGGUCCAUAACAUAAUGCCUAUUCUCACACCUCAGUACAAAUCCAAGGCUAACACAGUAAACUCUGGGUCUUUGCCUACACUGUUUCCCUGUCCGCAUCCACCACAAGCAGCAUCUCCUGAAAAGGACAGCCAGCACAGUCCUUGUUCCAAAUUUGCAAGCUCUCCAGUGCAGCCCAGCAUUGAUCACUUAGGGGGCUAUCAUGCAGUGAGCCCUGCAACUUCAUCCCCUACACAGCAGUGCUCCUUGGAUCCUUUGCAGAACACAAAUAAGUACUCCAGAGCAAACAGCCAUGAGAUUUUAUUACCCUCACAGGAUGAAUAUGGCACAGCAGGAGGUUGCAAAUCUGAGGCUUUUAGUACAAAGGGACAUGUUCGCUCCUUGGCAGAGCAGUUUCAGAAAAUGCAUGCAGUCUCCCAGAGAAAAGGUACUCAUGAAAAAGGCUGGAUUGCUGCAGUGUGUCAGGAUGAGAAGUCUCCAAAGUUAACACAAAAAUCUUUCAUCAACCCUUCAUCCUCUGGUUACAGACAGCUAAUCCAUCAAAACAAAGAGAACAAAAAACAGUCUUCUGAAAAAUUACACUCAACUGUGGAUAUUAGGGACAGGGUAGUUUCUUUGGAGGGUUUUAGUGCCCAACAUGUUGCUUCUAAGAGUGUUUGUUCUCACAGUGAAGAGCUGUGUAGAAGAGGUGGACAGAAUGUAGCAGACCCUGCACCCUACCUGGAAAGGCACUGUCAUGAUGGAGGAAUGAAACAGGUGGAUGAUGGAGCUACUAGUAGCAUGGUUGCCUCUAUGCCUGUGGACCGUUGGGUGGAUAAUGUCACUAGGUAUUACAGUUCUCAGAAGGCUAAUAAGAAUACUGAAUGGCUUCCUGUACCUGGGAGGAGUCCACCCCUUUCUGAUCAGAGGGCAGUUGGAGAUGACUUGAGCAGGAUCCCAGUGCAUCUGCAUCCACAGUGGAAUCAAGACACAGAACAGGAGCUCUCAGAACUGGAAUCCCUCUAUCAGACUAGUCUGCAGGCAUCUCAGGCCACUAGGCCUUUCUUGGGAAGACAGGACAGUGCUAGGUAUCCAUUUGACCAAUCAGGUAAGAAUGAUGCAGCUGUUUUUCUUGGUUGACCUGCUUAUGUACUCCAAUAUAGGUGAAGGUAUGUUUUCCAGUCACUUUAGUUAAACGGGCAUGAAUUUGUGCACAGAUGCAGAAAGAUUCAGGCUGUGGACUCUGAAAACAUCCUAACUAUACAGGUAGAGAAGCAGUGUGAUAGCACUGCCUGGGGAGGCUGUAGAGUAGCUGUUGAUUUUGGCAAACAGAGAGCAACAUCUGUUAAAGACUAACGUAAAAAUAAUUGAUCCUCUUUUCAAGUAGGGAGCUAGCUGCUUAGGUCAGGCUGCUGAAUUUUGCUGUGUUAAAGUCCUACAUCACUGCUGGAAUUUAUUAAACUGUUUCUAUGCCUGAAGUUAAUGUUCUCCACAUUUGUGAAUUUUAACUGAUUGUAUUGUAUCUGAGAAUUUAGUCUGUACCUGGUUGAGGGGAAUAACUUUUUAAAAGGGUUUCCAGAUCUAUGAGAAUUGAACUUGUGUUUUGCUAGGGACUACCUGCUUGAAGUUCUGGAAUAUUACUUGUGAAAGCAGCACUGGGGGCACACAAUCUGCACUAAGAUCCUUGAGACCUUGUGGGUUACUUGGUGCUGAAAGCAAAUGACCAGAUUCUGUUGCUGUUGGUGAGAACAUCCAGCUGUUGCUGGAGACAUUCAAUUAGAGUCUGAUGACAGCAGUUUGGUUCCACUUAAGCUGAUCUAAUCUCCUGCCUGAGAUAGGGCAACACUGAUUCUCUGCUUGGCACAAGUGAGGCAAAUUUCUUUAUGAUCUAUGUCAUAGUAUUAGCUAUGAAUUUUCUGGUCAAAUACAAAGCAGCCUGAAACUUGAUUGGUACCAAAGUGAUAUAUAUACGUGUAUAUAUAUGUAUAUGUGAUAUAUAUAUUGCAAUACAUACACAAGAGAGGUUUUCCCCUGCCUGCACCCCUGGAAGUGGAGCCUCCAUUGUUUCUGACAAAUGAAGCCUGGCUAUGCCCAGAGUGAAUACUGCAGUAAACUUUUGAACAGGUUUUUAUUCAGCAGCUCCAGUUUUCUAUGAAACUCUCUUGUCUUGCGCUCCACUAGCAGACCAGGUGACAUAUCCGAAGGUAGCCAUUUCCCAUUUGUCCUUUGGUUUUCUUUCAGAGUUAGGCAAGAUCUGACCUCACAACCUUGCAGAUACUCUCUUGCAUGGUCUUGAACCAGAAGGUCUUAUGUGUUCCUACUUAGCAUACUGAUUUUGGAAGCUCUUUCUGGAAAUCUAACAGGAUAGAGCCCAAUUGCUUUAGUGUUAGCUGGAACAUCAGAGUUCUGUCAUCAAGUGCCCUGUUUCUUAGGCUGACACUUUUCUUGCCUAUUUUCCCAGUACAUAUAUAAGGGAUAUGAGGUUCAGAUAUUCUUCUAAAGUGAAGUUUGUGUUUGAGAUCUUCUGGUUUGCUGUGACUUUCAGAUGCUUCUUCUCAAUUUCUGCAAAUUCUGUAUAAAACCAAAAAAUUUCAACCCAUGCAUCUACUGUGGUGAACUGGAUGAAAAUCACCUGAGUGGGUCUAGGACAGCUCUUUCUCACUUUUAGCUUGGAUUACCUAUUCAUCUGCAAAAACCGUUUAAGCUUUCUGCCUCCUAUCAACUGGUUUUGUCAGACCUUUGCAUUCAGAAUCAUGGUGAAAAUGCCUCUGUUUCAUUACUAGAGCAUUACAACAGAGAUUAAAGCAAAUACCUGAUCCUCCAAAUGCCAGCUCAAUGCAGAAAAUGUGUUGUUACCAGCACAUCGCCUUUCUUCCUUUAUAGAGAUUCCCUGUGACCAUUUUCUUUAGGCCAUUGAUCUGCCUGUCUGUUCCGUGAGAAAUUGUAGGAUUAUAAAGGUUGUUGGGGAUUGCACUGAAGUGAAGUAAAUGUAGUAAUCCUAGUUAAAAAUAACACUCCUAACUGUUUAACCAGCACAACAAAUGGCUGCCAAACUGGCAUUGGGUGGGAACAAGCAGGUGAGAAUGUGUGGGGAAUUUAAAGCUGAUGAGUCUUGUUUAGCCCAAAUUAAACUUUAGGUAACUUGCUCCUGGUAGCUGAUUUCCUGUCCCUUUAGGCCCCUUAAACUAUCUCACCUCUGUAUCAAACAAGUGCUGGUGUGCAGUUUAAUCACUUAACUCUUAAAUAGUUCCAUUAACUGCUCCCCAGAAGCCUACAAAAGGGCAAGUGAGGCAGGUGUGAGUGUGCUGAUAGACUGUCUGCACUUGAAAUGUUGGGAGUUAACUUAUGUAUUAAUGUUCAGAGGAUCUCUGAUGACUUCUCCUUCUGUGUGUAUAGUCAGUCUGUCUUUGCUGCAGUCAGAUGUAAAAUGGUCAGAAAUAUGCCAUAACGUGCAAUCAAGUGCUGAAUUUAACCAUAGCAUUUUCCUUCCCAGUCUCUGUGAACCCGAAUGUGAGGAAGCCGCAUGC